GCAGAGAGUAGCACGGAGGAAUCUGGUGUCAUAAGAUUUGUAGAUUCUGAAAAUAUCCGCCACGAAAAAGAAUCGACAAGCCAUGGCCAAGAACAUACAUACGAUGUUUUUGUUGCCGAAGGAGAAGGUAACGCAAGAUUCUUACAUAAUUACAGUGGACUCUAGCCGAUUACAAAAAAUUCGACGUAUUGCUCAAUCGAUUUCACGUGUUUUUUAAAUUAGUGAUAUGUUGUCCAACAUCGUGCUAUUUCAGCUGAAAUGGCGCUCUUAUUAAGAGCCAAAUAAUGGGUAAUUAAUAUCGGGAAAAUUACAUAGGAAGCCCCUCAAACCUAUAGAAAGGGUCGCCUCGAAAUGGAAAAAAAAUUGUUACUGUGCACUACCUCCACAACAUCUUUAGAGAUAUUUAGAUCGCUGCAAAAAGUCCCUUUUGGGAGAGUGACCCUAGCUACUUCAUCUUCUUGUUUUCUUCAAACUAUUUCUAUCCCAGUCAGUAAAGAUUACUUGGUCGAUUGAAACGAGCUGAUUAUCACGAGCAUUCGGUGAUCAAAAGGACUGCGUGACACGGCGUGACAGUAAGCCUUUCGUCUGCGCGACAGUCUCGCGCGCUAUUACCGGUGCAUUUCGUCUGAGAAGCUAAGUUACAUCAAACGUUCUUUAUGAAUAUCUGAAUUGCGAAAAUACACACAUACUAUUACUUAUUUUGAUUUGAAAAACGUCAGGAGCUCGUAAGUCUCUCGUUUCCAGCCGAAACGAAAAGAAAAGAAAAACGCGAAAAGUGUGUAACCUCGAGGCCGCUCGGCCACGCUCCAACAUAUAAAACAAUUGUUAUUUUUCCUUUCUCUAACCAACUUUGUAGAUUUUUUUUAUGUUUUUUAGAUAUCUUAAAGUGAGCCAAAAACAUGUUACUGUAAAGAAUACUGUUAUUCUUAUUUCAAAUGUCUAAUUUUUCAGAUUUCUUGACUUUCUCUAGUCUCUCUUUAUAUUUGGCGUUUGUCUCCUCUCGCUUGUUUUAAAAACCGAGCUUUCGGCUGCCUGUGCAGUCUUCCAAUGCUGGAAAAGAGUCUAACUAUGGUUUGUUAUUUGAUAAAGCAAUCACUUACGACCACUCGACAUGUAUUACGGGUGACAUACGAACGCCUAUACCGAAAGGCGUGACUCUCUGCCGAGUUUGGGGCAUGCUAGCCGGCCCUAAGGUUACAUGUUAGAUCGAUUUUGAAUCCAAACCUAUGGUUAAAUCUCUGUAUCAUUAUGUAGUUUUAUUUGCUUAUACUGAUCACUAAAAAUGCCUUGUCUCCCUCUGUGGGCAGAUUGGAUUUUACAUAUCCCUAAAGCUGAUGAUUCUCAUGGCCCUGCCACAGUUGCACCAGCAGACACUAUGCUGCACGAAGGAACAUAUGACGACUUCGAGAUUCUUGGAGAUACGGCCAUCAGACAAAGUUAA